AUGUUGACGCUCAAGUUUCUCCACAUACAGGUCGCGCUUUGGACCUGCAUCAACGCUAUUGCGGUGCCCGCGCCGACCAACGCUCUCGUCAACGAGCGCGCCGUGAACUGCAAUUCAGUCUCGGGGGCGUUGAAGGUUCUGAAGGGUUUAGGAGCACCAGCAACCUCGUUUUGCAGCUCGUACUUGAAGAUCCCCGCGACUGUGACUACGACGACGACGACGACGCCCGUUAGCACGGUCCAAACCAUCGUAGCAACCACCACCACCUACCAAGCCGUCUGCCCCGCCGCCCCCGCCCGGCGCGAUGCAGCAGCAGUAGCAGCAGCAUUGUUCGCACGCCGCGCCGUCCCCGCCGCAGAGACAGGUGCCGUCCAAGCACGACAAGCCGUCGACCUCGCUGCGCUGAAAAUCUUCGCCGCGUCGCAAUUAUCCUCUGGAUGUAGUUGUUUGAGCCUCGCGCCCAAGACGACGCGAACAGCUACCACGACGGCGGCUGCGUCUGUACGUCUUAUCCCUAUCCUUAUCCCAUACCCAUCCCACCCCAUCCCAUCCAGUCUGCAUCGACUUGUCCAGCCAGACUAA